GCUUGGCCAAGCCUAGACUCAGAUUCACAGCUAGCCACGAAUGUCCGUACAAGCCGUAUGGAGAGCCUCGAGCCGAGCCGAUAGUGUACCAUUCCGAGUCCAGACGGUCCUGCUGCCUUCACGCGCCAUUGAAUACAGUCUUUAUCCCAGUAGCUGCGCAAUCGCAGGCCGGACAUGAUGGCGGGGUCGCCGCUGCGCUCUAGCGACUAUCCCUCAGCCCGCCUCGAGAACUGGCACUGGAUGACCAGGACAGGCGAGCUCUCUUGUCUGGAUGAAGUUAACCAGCAUUCUCAAGUAACCAUCUCAUGCCCAGAAUCAACGUCCAGCUCCGUCGUGGGCUCCAUAACAAGUCUAUAAGUAACCUUCCAUCGUCCUGCUCUUCUGCAAACCAUCUUUCAUCGAGGCCUUGAAUAACAAGCUAGAACACUCGACCCGCUUGCCUCAUCCGUUCAUACUCCAUCACUAUCUUCUCUGACACUUGUUCCCUUAAAAGCCACCAUGGCUGAUCUGGCUACUGCCCCAGUGGUGCUUCCCGUCGGUGGUCCCCUACCUGAGAAAGAGCCAAAGGUGCAGACCAACGAGAUUCAACUUGACGAUGAGACCAACGAACUAGGGGAUAGCCAGCAGAAAGACGAAGACGUCGCGUUAACUGCACGACAAUUAUUCGCUUUCUGGGAUGGAGUCACCCACUGUGCCGAGCCGGAAAACUACAAAGAGAUCACGGCAAUGCUCCAGCAAGCGGUCGAUGAAGAAGACCAAGCGACUCCAGCUCUUGUGCAGAAUGAGUCCGUCGAGACUCCAGCCGCUGAAACCGAGCCAGAGAUCAAAGUGCGCGUGAUCAACGAUUUUGAAUACGAGUUCAUGGGAGAUAAAUAUCAAAUCUCCUGGAAUGCCGAAGGAAAGCCAGAGAGGCACCCAGCAUGGCCGUCGGAGUUCUGUUUGGUGGUGAACGACGAAGAUGCAACGAAGCCGUAUUUUCAAGUCUUCAAAAACAAGCUUGAGUCGCUGAUUGUCGACACCCAGCAUCCUGAACCCACAUCUCAUGCAUGGCCCGAGCUUGUCCAGAGGGAACCAGCUCACUUAGUUUACCAACUCGGCCGGAAGUACGUGUUUGGUCCGUCAUCCCUUGACGAAGACGGCUUGCCAAUACUCGGGUGCUAUCCGCAUGCCGAUCACUUCAACUAUGCAGAACAUGCCAUCCUUGGCGACCGACUUAGGCUCAAAUUCUCAGAGACCGAAACUGUUAGGGCAGGAGAUAGGCGUCUCAAUCUUGAGAACGGGAACAAGCUGACAUACGGUCAGAUCAAUGGCCUUGGUGGUGAUUUCUUUGCGACUAACAACCCGAUAUGCACUGGCUCGAGCUUUGAGCAGCAAUGCCAAUACUUUCUGGAUGCAUACAACCUACUUGGAAAAGCUGCGAGUGGAUCCAAGGAGGCACCAUUGAUCGACAGCAUCAAUGCGAAGGAGAUGAAGGCGGUCGAAGAAGCCAUCCAGAGUGGGCGGUCCACGAAGCAGGUCUAUAAGGACCUGAGCAGCAACGACCCCAGCAGCGUCUCUGCACUCCCCAUCACUGGAACCGACGAGAAACUCACGAAGGCGACCAUGGAGCGCGACGGACCAAGCUACGCACGCAUGGCGCUGCUCAAUCUCGAUCACUUCGGCGAUGAUGCACAUACAGCUUACAACGCCGGUCACACGUGUGCCUUGCGCGCUGCUGCAGCUGGCAAACUCGACAUCGCAUACGCCAUGAACGCCUUUGCAGACCAUUACCUGGGCGACUGCUUCGCUUCGGGGCACAUCCGAACUCCGCGACGCACACUCCACUCUCCAGCUGACGCCAUCGAAAAGGUGUGCAGCAUCAUCAAUGACAUCUAUCAGGAGGUUACCAAGGGAAUGAACGCGGAAUCCAAAAAGCAGGCGCUCCUGCAAGGUGCCAAGGACGCUUUCGUGCUCCCAUACUUGACUGCCAAACUUACCUAUCACGCUCGAGAUAUACUGGCCAUUGCCCCUGACGUCUGUUCCAAAUUCAUGCACGACGAAGAUAACAAGCGCGGGCUGGUUGUGAGGAACAAGCGCGGAGAUCAAUGGGCCGCUUUCGGAGACUCCAUGCUCUUCGAGUCGGCGAACGACCGGAACCUUAACUACAUGAAGGAGGCGUUACAGGCAUCUGCGGACGAAGUCUACCAGGCGUAUGUCACCAAGCAGGUACCCUCGGAUGUGAACGGUUUUGCCGCCUGGCGCAUCGCGCCCAGCGAGGUCCUGGCACAGCAUUGCCAUCGUCCUUUGUUCACUCCAAACGGACAUUACCGAACCAAAUAUUCAGAACCGUAUUGUUCGGACUACUCUGAUCCGAAAUCGUGGAAACCCAAAUCGUGGAAGCCCUGGGAUCUGGGCAUUCCCAUGGAUUACCCUCGCCUCAUGAAAGCGUUGAGCGACAGUGAUUACUUCAAGAAUUUGUGAACUGGUUGCAGUAUAAAUAGUGAAACUUGGAAAUCGAUAAUUCUUUACUCUUCAGAGC